AUGUUUUCAGUUUCCACCACCACAAUACUUAGCCGUCGGCGUUUCCUCUCACUAUACAGACUUAAAUUGGCCUCAACCGAUUACUCCGACGAGGAAAACCUAGGAGCUUGCGGCAGUUUAGCAUUAAACUUGUGUUGGUUCGAGAAGAUGGCUCCUGAAGUCAUGUUGCAGCAAGUGCGUGGAUAUGAUUUUAAGGCAGAUAUCUGGUCAUUUGGAAUAACAACACUUGAGCUUGCUCAUGGUCAUGCACCAAACUGGCAUUUUGCUUCACCGAGCCGAGCCGAGCGACGAGCCAUUCAGAGCCACAAAGUCAGCGUCAAAGGCUGA